AACUCCGGAAGAGAAGAGUGAGCUCCGCUUCCCUCCUCCCUCCUUCCGUAGAGCUCCAAUUCCAAUUCCCGCGGAGGCGACUUCUCCAAACCCUAAUUCUAAUCAUCUUCCAAUGGUGGUAUUCCCCUCCCGUUCCCCAUCCCCUGGUUUCUGAUCCCAUCUUUCGCUACCAGAAAUCCGUUCUUGAUCUCGAUCCGUGGCCGGCGCUCGAGAUCGGCCGCCGCCAAGAUGAUGAGAUCUGCGGCUGGAAUCCGGUUACGCUUGGCCCUAUUUUUGAUCUUUUCCUCGUUUUCUAUUCCCUCCGAAUCGGCCGUCUCGAGCAUCGAUCUGGGCUCCGAAUGGAUGAAGGUGGCCGUCGUCAACCUGAAGCCCGGCCAGAGCCCGAUCUCCAUCGCCAUCAACGAGAUGUCCAAACGGAAGUCCCCGGCCCUCGUCGCCUUCCAUGGUGGUAACCGCUUCGUCGGCGAGGAGGCCGCCGGGAUCGUCGCGAGGUACCCCGAUAAGGUGUACUCAUUGGUCCGCGACAUGAUUGGGAAGUCUUAUAAGCAUGCCAAGGAUCUCGCCAAUUCGCUCUACCUACCGUACGAUCUCAUCGAGGACACGAGAGGGGCCGCCGGUAUCAGGGUCGAUGAUGGGGUCACCGUCUAUACCGCAGAGGAGUUGCUUGCGAUGAUCCUUAGUUAUGGGAUGAGCUUAGCGAAGUCCCACGCGAGGGUUCCGGUGAAGGAUGCGGUGAUUGCAGUGCCACCCUAUUUUGGCCAGGCGGAACGGAGGGGAGUGCUUCAGGCGGCGCAUCUGGCUGGGAUCAAUGUGCUUUCACUGAUUAACGAGCACGCUGGCGCUGCUUUGCAGUAUGGGCUCGAUAAGGAUUUCUCGAACGAGUCACGACAUGUUAUACUCUACGAUAUGGGUUCCAGUAGCACUUACGCUGCUCUAGUUUACUUCUCGGCGUACAAUACUAAGGAGAUCGGGAAGACAAAAUCUGUUAAUCAGUUCCUGGUAAAGGAUGUUAGAUGGGAUGCUAAACUUGGAGGUCAAGAUAUGGAGAUGCGGUUGGUGGAGUAUUUUGCUGAUGAGUUCAAUAAGCAAUUAGGAAAUGGAAUUGAUGUGAGGAAGUCUCCUAAGGCAAUGGCUAAACUGAAGAAACAAGUCAAGCGUACAAAAGAAAUUUUGAGUGCAAAUACGGUAGCCCCAGUUUCAGUGGAAUCCCUCUUUGAGGACCUUGAUUUCAGAAGCACAAUAUCCCGUGAAAAAUUUGAAGAACUAUGUGCAGACUUGUGGGAGAGGGUGCUUGUGCCAGUAAAAGAGGUGCUGAGACAUUCCAGCUUGAAGAUAGAUGAAAUCUAUGCUGUGGAGCUGAUUGGUGGGGCUACUCGUGUGCCAAAAUUACAGGCGAAGCUUCAGGAAUUUCUUGGAAGGAAUUAUCUGGACAAGCACCUUGAUGCUGAUGAAGCAAUAGUUCUUGGCUCAUCGUUGCAUGCUGCAAAUUUGAGUGAUGGCAUCAAGCUGAACCGUAAGCUAGGAAUGAUUGAUGGAUCUUCUUAUGGCUUUUUGCUUGAAUUAGAUGGCCCUGAUCUUUUAAAAGAUGAGAAUACUAAUAUGUUGCUUAUACCACGGAUGAAAAAAAUGCCCAUCAAGUUAUUCAGGUCUAUCAAACAUAACAAGGACUUUGAAGCUUCUCUUAGCUAUGACAAAGUGAAUGAACUGCCCCCAGGAGUUUCUACUUAUAUAUUUGCACAAUAUUCAGUAUUGGGUCUGACUGAAGCCAGUGAAAAGUAUGUGGCUCGCAAUCUCUCAGCUCCCAUCAAAGCAAAUCUGCAUUUUUCUUUGAGCAGAAGUGGAGUUUUAUCUCUGGAUCGAGCUGAGGCGGUUAUUGAGAUAUCUGAGUGGGUAGAAGUUCCUAAGAAAAACACAACAUUGGAGAAUAAUGCCACUAAUAGCUUUAACGUAUCUACUGAAACAAGUCCAGGAAACAGUUCGCAAGAUAAUGCAGAAAACCUGAAUUCUGCUGAUAGUACUAAUGGCUCAUCCAACUCUACAAAAGGCGAGCAAGCUUCAGAUAUCAUUACAGAAAAAGUAUUAAAGAAGAAAACCUUUAGGGUACCAUUGAAGGUACUGGAAAAAACUACAGGCCCUGGAUCUGUUCUUUCAGAAGAAUCAAUUUCUGAAGCUAAAAUCAAAUUAGAGGCACUUGACAAAAAGGAUGCUGAAAGGAGGAUAACUGCAGAGCUCAAAAAUAGCCUCGAAGAAUAUAUAUAUUCUACAAGAGAAAAGAUAGAAGAUAAUAAUGAAGUUGAGAAAAUAUCAUCUGAAGAAGAGCGCUACUCUUUUGUAGAGAAACUUACUGAGGUGCAAGAGUGGUUGUAUACUGAUGGUGAGGAUGCUUCAUCAGGUGAAUUCAAAGAACGACUAGAGUUACUUAAAGCCAUUGGUGACCCAAUAUUUUUCAGAUUAAACGAGUUGACUGCACGACCACUUGCUUGUGAACAUGCUCAGUUGUACCUUGGUGAGCUGCAAAAGAUCGUAAAUAACUGGGAAACAAAUAAACCAUGGCUUCCCAAAACUAGAAUCGAGGAGGUACUGAGCGAAGCGGAAAAACUUAAAAAUUGGUUGGUAGAGGUGGAGGAACUACAAAAGAAGGCAUCCCUCCUCAGCACACCAAUCUUCACGUCAGAUGAAGUCUACCAGAAAGUGUCCAAGCUUCAGGAUAAGGUAGCAAGCGUCAAUAGGAUUCCGAAGCCAAAACCAAAACCUGAGAAGCCUCCAAAGGAAGAACCAGCCAACCAUGAUAACAGCACAAGCACCUCCAACUCCACUUCUGGUGAGCAAACAUCUGAGACAGGGCACGCCACGCAAGAUUCAUCCAGCACAACAGCUGAUCAAGAAAAUGUGGUCCAUGCGGAGUUGUGAUAUCUUCAUCUAGUUACCAGCUGUAAGUCUAGAUGGAUAGCUGUUGACUUCCGGGGGAAUAUACCAUAACUUCAGAGACAUACGGUUGAUUCCAAAGUGGUGGGUUCUGCUGCGAGCAAUUUUGUUAGUCUAUGCGCCGUCAGCGUUGCAUCCAAGAGUUAUGAGCCAUCGUUAAGAGUCUCACAUAUGCAAUUACUUGGAUACCAUGUUCUUUCAUUUGGUCAUGCUUCAAUGGCUGCAAAAGCGCAGGGGCCUUUACAUUUGAUUUAUUAUGUUGAUUAACCCCACUAAUCAGGGGGUAUCCUGUACCUUAAAUCAUCAAGCACGCUCUAAUUUUGUACUAA